UUCAACACUCAGAAUUAGGAAGUAAAGCCUUUUGAAGGUCAAGGCCCUAUGUGUGUGGGGAAAGCAGGAUCCUCUCUUCACCCCAAAUUCCCAGAAAACGCCUUGGUCCCCACUGACAGGAUCAAGACAGCAGAGCCAACCACUCCCUCUGUGCUGCUGGACUAAGAAGGCCUCCUUUACUAACUCAGGAUAUGAACUGAGUGUUCUUCCAUUGCAUGGAAGAGAAGCUUUGACCUUACAAGCCCUAGAAGUCAGGCCUUCCAAGGUUGGCAUGUCUGCUGGUGCCUGAAGUCUGAACUUAAGUCAGAGCUACACUGUUGGGCUCAUUUUCAUCGCUACCAUGGGUGAGCCAUUUGACUGUGCAAAAUGCAGUGAGUCCCUGUACGGCCGCAAGUAUAUCCAGACAGACAGUGGCCCCUACUGUGUGCCGUGCUAUGACAACACCUUCGCUAACACCUGUGCUGAGUGCCAGCAGCUUAUUGGGCAUGACUCAAGGGAGCUCUUCUAUGAGGAUCGCCACUUCCAUGAGGGCUGCUUCCGCUGCUGCCGCUGCCAGCGCUCCCUAGCUGAUGAACCCUUCACCUGCCAGGACAAUGAGCUGCUCUGCAAUGACUGCUACUGCAGUGCCUUCUCUUCACAGUGCUCUGCCUGUGGGGAAACCGUCAUGCCUGGGUCCCGGAAGCUAGAAUAUGGAGGCCAGACAUGGCAUGAGCAGUGCUUCCUGUGCAGCGGUUGUGAGCAGCCGCUGGGCUCCCGCUCCUUUGUGCCCGACAAAGGUGCUCACUACUGCGUGCCCUGCUAUGAGAACAAGUUUGCUCCUCGCUGUGCCCGCUGCAGCAAGACGCUGACCCAGGGUGGAGUGACUUACCGUGAUCAGCCCUGGCAUCGAGAAUGCUUGGUCUGCACUGGAUGUGAGACACCCCUGGCAGGGCAACAGUUCACCUCUCGGGAUGACGAUCCCUACUGUGUGGCCUGUUUUGGAGAACUCUUUGCACCUAAGUGCAGCAGCUGCAAGCGCCCCAUCACCGGUGGGACAGGACUUGGUGGAGGCAAGUACGUGUCCUUUGAAGAUCGGCACUGGCACCACAGCUGCUUCUCCUGUGCACGCUGCUCCACCUCCCUGGUGGGCCAAGGCUUUGUGCCAGAAGGAGACCAAGUGUUGUGCCAGAGCUGCAGCCAGGCAGCACCUUGAGCUAGAGCUCCUGGCCUGGGCGUUCCCAAACCAGGACUCCAGGACUAUGGCUCCUUUUCUGAACCACCUCUAUAACCCAGCCCCUCCCCAGAAUGGGGUUUCCCCUGGGCUCCAGGAUUCAGUCUCCUUACUCCAGCAUACCCUAGCUGGUAUUCCCUCACCCAAGCUCCCAACCUGGACUUCUAAGAAGCAUCCACAAUUCAGGCAAAUUCAGGCUCCCACUCCAACUGUAAAACCCAGCCCUCAUCCCUACAGUGUGGAUUCCCGUACCAAGCUUCCUUUUCCAAUCAGGAUCUAGACCACAGCCCUCCAAAUGCUGAGGGACUUUGGUCCCCUUAAAUCUAGGCUUCUCUGAGGGGCUGGGGAUUUAGCUCAGCGGCAUAAACGCCUGCCUUGCAAGCAGGCAGUCGGGAGUUCGAUCCCCAGUACCGAUAAAAAGGAAAAAGACAAAAAAAAAAAAAAAAUCUAGGCUUCUCUGCAUAGAUUAUUUUAGGUCUCCUGUGGGUACAGGAGAAGUCCUCUCAGUACUCGGGCUUGGCCCCACCCAUACCCCCAGGGCUGGGGUUGUUCCUGCGGUAAAUCAGGGGUCUCACUGGUUAAAGGGUCUUAAGGUACAGGAUACUGCCCAGUCCGUGUCCAUCAAGCAUCUUUUAUUGUAUUUCAGCUCCAUUUUGCUCAGACAUGGGCAGAGCAGGGGGAUUGGCUCAACCCCCUUCCAGAUUCUGCAAUAAAGCAGUAUGAGGAAGCAAA